AUGGUAUUAGGUCAAGAAGUGAUAUCUUGGUUGGAUGGGAAUGAGGCACUUCAUCAUGAGAACCGUGGGCUACGGGAUGUAUUUAAUAGGGUGACUGAUUUGGUGAAGCCUUUUGUUACUUUAUCAGGUGGUGUUUCUCAUAAUGUCCAAGUGUAUUGUGACCAUUAUAUGGAUCUGGUUGAAAAAGUUGCAAAGUUUAAGAAAGUUUCUAUAACAACCGGUUCUCAGAUAGAAAAAGGUAAUGAGAAUGACAUGAUUGUUUACAAGAAAAGCCCUGGAUCCUUGCUAGGAUCUCCGACACAAAACCUUGGGAGGUGA